AUGAACAUUCUCAAUGUUUAUGCUCCCAACGAUCAGGCUACGAGGAGAAAAUUCUGGAAUGAGAUUCUUUCCCUUAAAUGCCAGCAGCCUGGUUUAUGGGUAGCUUUGGGGGAUUUCAAUGAAGUUAGAUGGCCGGAAGAGAGGGUUAAUUCGCGAUUUGAUCAGGCUAGUGCUGCUUGUUUUAAUGAGUUUAUUGACCAAUGCGGUUUUCUUGAAUAUCAGAUGACAGGGGGUAACUUCACUUACAUCUCGGAUAAUGAGGAAAUCAAACUUAGCAAGCUUGAUCGUAUCUUGGUGUGUGACGGGUUUAUGUCUCGGUGGCCGUUUGCGUCUCUUGCUGCCCUCAGGAAAGGUGUUUCAGACCAUUGUCCUGUCUCCCUUUCUUGUGUGGAUUAUGAUUUCGGGCCGAGCCCUUUCAAAUUCUUCAACAGUUGGAUCGGUCAAGAGAAACUCGAUAGGAUUGUUGCUGAUAACGUGGGGAAGAUUGCAAGUUGGGGGAGGAGGGAUAUUGCUUUUGCGAAUUUGCUAAAAGAGGUUAAAAAGGACAUUAAAGCUUGGCAACGCGAUAUUCGGGUUUUGGAAGUAAAAAACUUAGAAGAUCUAAAUAAGGCCGCUGAAGCGUUGGGAAGGAAAGCUGCUGGUCACAACCUCUCUUCAGAAGAAAAGAAACUCUGUGUUAAUAUCAGACUGAGUAUUAGAAAAAUCGAAAUAGCUAAGGCUAAAGACUUACACCAGAAGGCCCGUCUUAAUUGGAUUAAGUUGGGGGAUGAAAAUUCAUCUUUUUUUCAUGGGAUUGUUAACAUUAAUAAGGCCCGGAGUCGGAUAAAUGGGCUGAAAAUUUGGGAUGAUUGGAUCACGGACCCCAAAGCUAUUAAAGACCAUGUGUGGAGGGCUUUUCGUAAACACUUCGCUAAGCCUAUGCGACGUUAG